CCAUGCGUACGGGACGGCCGCCGCCGCCGCCGCCACCGCAUCCCCCGCGGCCUGGGCCGGCACCCGGACGGGGCGAGGCCCGCGGGAGGAGGGCUCGGCUCGCCGCCUGCCCACGUCCCCUCCCCGGCCGAGGAGGAGGAGGAGAAAGCGAGCGAGGUCCCGGCAGAGCGGUUAGGAGAGGGUUUGAGAGAGCCCUCCUCCCCUCCCGGAGGGGAAGAGGAAAGGAUUGCCGUGGCGGGCGGCGGAGGAUGAUAACUUAGGGCCGUGGCUGGCGGUGGGAGCUGCCCGCGCUGCCUGGGCCAGGGCGGCUGGCGGGGCGGCAGCGAUGUCCCAGGGCACGGCAGGAGGAGAGGGAGCGCCCCAGGUGCUGCCGGGGGGGAAGGAGAGGCAGAGGAAGAGGAGGCGGAGGAAGAAGAAGGAGAGUAAGACGCGGCUGGUGCGCUCCAACUUGGUGCUACCUGAGGCCGAGGCGGAGAACUCCAAGAGGACGGUCCUGGCCAGCAACCGCCUCAAGACCACCAAGUACACGGCGCUCUCCUUCCUGCCCAAGAACCUCUUUGAGCAGUUCCACCGCCUGGCCAACGUCUACUUUGUGUUCAUCGCGCUCCUCAACUUCGUGCCGGCCGUCAACGCCUUCCAGCCGGAGCUGGCCUUGGCUCCCGUGCUCUUCAUCUUGGCAGUCACUGCCAUCAAGGACCUCUGGGAGGAUUACAGCCGCUACCGCUCCGACAAGGAGAUCAACCACACGGAGUGCCUGGUGUACAGCAGAAAUGAGAAGAAAUAUAUAAGCAGAUACUGGAAAGAAGUGGAAGUUGGAGACUUCGUGCAGCUUCGCUGUAAUGAAAUUAUACCUGCUGACAUACUGCUGCUCUCCUCAAGUGAUCCCGAUGGGCUGUGCCAUAUAGAAACAGCUAAUCUGGAUGGCGAAACUAACUUAAAACAAAGACAGGUGGUGAGGAGGUUCUUGGAGCUGGACUCAGAAUUUGACCCCUUGAAGUUCACCAGUGUCAUUGAAUGUGAGAAGCCAAACAAUGACUUAAGUAGGUUUCGAGGUUACAUUGUACAUAAAAGUGGAAAAAAGGAUGGACUGUUCAAAGAAAACCUUUUGUUACGUGGAUGUACCAUUAGAAAUACAGAAGAAGUUGCAGGAAUAGUAAUCUAUGCAGGGCAUGAGACCAAAGCUUUGUUAAAUAAUAAUGGACCCCGUUACAAACGGAGUAAGCUUGAAAGACAGAUGAAUGCCGAUGUCCUUUGGUGUGUCCUCAUACUUCUAAUCAUGUGUUUGUUUUCUGCCAUUGGUCAUGGCCUAUGGGUAUGGCAAUACAGUGAGAAGAAACCAAUUUUUCGUGUUCCAGGGCCUGAUGGCAAAUAUUUGUCUCCUGUUUUAGCUUCAGUAUAUUUGUUUCUGACAGUGAUCAUAGUUUUCCAGGUUAUGAUUCCAAUUUCUUUGUAUGUAUCCAUUGAAAUAGUUAAAAUCUGCCAAGUAUACUUUAUUCAUCAAGAUAAAGAUUUAUACGAUGAAGAAACAGACUCUCAGCUGCAGUGCCGAGCUUUAAAUAUCACAGAAGACUUAGGUCAGGUGCAGUUUAUCUUUUCAGACAAGACUGGGACGCUUACUGAAAACAAGAUGGUUUUCCGAAGAUGCACUGUUUCUGGAAUAGAGUAUUCCCAUGAUGAUAACGCCAAACGCUUAGCCAUGUACCAAGAACCUGAUUCUGAGGAAGAUGAGGCAGCCCCAAAAGGAGGAACUCUAUCCCAGCGUGAUAGUAUCUGCAGCCAUCAGAGCAUCAAAGUAAUCCACAGAAGCCAGAGCACCAAAACCCACCGUCGCACAGGUAGCAGAGCUGAAGCAAAAAGAGCAAGCAUACUCUCGAAGCACACUGCGUUCAGUAGCCCAAUGGAGAAGGACAUCACACCUGACCCGCGCUUGUUAGAAAAGGUGAACGAAUGCGCAAAGCAUCUGGAGGUCAUGAGGAGCCACGAACAACCAUUAUCCCAUCUGAGUCCAGAACUAUGUGACAUUUUUGACUUCUUCAUCGCUUUGACUAUAUGUAAUACAGUUGUGGUUACUGCACCAAAUCAGCCCCGACAGAAGGUUAGAGAUCGAUUUGAACUAAAAUCUCCAGUAAAAACCAUAGAAGACUUCAUACGAAGAUUCACUCCAAGUCGCUUGACCUCUGGAUCUAACAGCAGCAGUUCAUCUAGUCUCGCUACAAGCAAAUCAAUGCACAGGUUUGGUUUAAGUGUGCUUUCAUCUACAUCUACGGAUAGCACUUUAUUGAAACUGGAAGAGAAGCUGGCAUACUCUGCGCAGAUGAAUAACAAUGGCUACAGCUCCCAGCAAGGCCGGACAGCUGUGGGGAGUGGACCUGAGGAAGGAGAACUGCGUUAUGAAGCAGAGAGUCCAGAUGAAGCUGCUCUCGUCUAUGCAGCAAGGGCAUAUAACUGUUCUCUGGUUGGAAGGCUGUCUGACCAGGUAUCAGUGGAGCUACCUCACCUGGGAACAUUAAGUUUUGAAGUAUUACAUACAUUGGGCUUUGACUCCGUCAGGAAGAGGAUGUCAGUAGUGGUCAGACAUCCUCUCACAGAUGAAAUAAAUGUUUACACUAAAGGAGCAGAUUCAGUUAUUAUGGAUCUUCUUCUACCCUGCUCUUCAGAUGACCCUCGGGGCAAACAUCAAAAAAAAAUCCAAAGCAAAACUCAAAAUUACCUUAAUCUGUAUGCUGUAGAUGGGCUGCGGACCCUCUGUAUUGCAAAAAGAGUUCUCAGCAAGGAAGAGUAUGCCUGUUGGUUAAAAAGUCAUUUAGAAGCAGAAUCUUCUAUUGAAAAUCGUGAAGAACAACUGUUUCAGUCAGCGCUGCGGAUAGAGAAGAAUCUGCAUCUGCUAGGCGCAACUGGCAUUGAAGACCGUUUACAGGAUGGUGUUCCAGAAACCAUUGCAAACUUGCGCAAAGCUGGGUUGCAGAUUUGGGUUCUUACUGGAGACAAGCAAGAAACAGCUGUUAACAUUGCAUAUGCCUGCAAGCUACUAGAUCAUGAUGAAGAAAUCAUCACUUUGAAUGCUGAAUCACCAGAGACAUGUGCUGUCUUGCUGGAACAGUGUCUGCAAUGCGUAGAGUCUAAAUUUUCAAACAACACAAUAGACGAAGCUGCUGGAAGCAUGAAUGUUGGGUUCACCCCUCUCUAUCCACCCUCUUCCCCUGUGCUUUCCAGCUUGGGCCUAGUGAUUGAUGGAAGAACUCUAGCUUAUGCCCUGGAACCUACACUAGAAGAUAAAUUUCUUGCACUAGCCAAGCGAUGCCGUUCAGUAUUGUGUUGUCGCUCUACCCCACUCCAAAAGAGCAUGGUGGUGAAACUAGUCAGAGACAAACUCAAAGCAAUGACCUUGGCAAUAGGUGAUGGUGCUAAUGAUGUCAGCAUGAUCCAAGUGGCAGAUGUUGGUGUGGGCAUCUCUGGUCAAGAAGGCAUGCAGGCGGUGAUGGCAAGCGACUUUGCAAUCCCAAGGUUCCGGCAUUUGGAGAAGCUCUUGCUUGUUCAUGGCCACUGGUGUUAUUCCCGACUCGCCAAUAUGGUGCUGUAUUUCUUCUACAAAAAUGCAAUGUUUGUGGCCCUUCUCUUCUGGUACCAGUUCUACUGUGGGUUCUCUGGCUCAUCAAUGAUCGAUCAGUGGUAUCUCAUCUUCUUUAAUUUACUCUUCUCUUCUCUUCCACAACUGAUUACUGGCGUGCUGGAUAAGGAUGUGCCAGCUGAAGUGUUAAUUGCUGUACCUCAGCUUUAUAAAAGUGGACAGAAUAUGGAGGAGUACCAACCACACAUGUUUUGGAUGAACAUGAUUGAUGCUAUGUAUCAAAGCCUGGUUUGCUUCUUCAUCCCCUAUUUCACUUACUAUGAUUCGGAGGUGGACAUCUUCUCCUGGGGAACUCCCAUCACCACAAUAGCUCUUUUCACCAUCAUACUACAUUUGGCUAUAGAAACCAAAACUUGGACUUUUCUCCACUGGUCAUCUUGCAUCUUCAGUAUUCUUUUAUUUUUCUUUGUGGCUCUGGUUUACAAUGCUUCCUGCCCAGUAUGCCAUCCUCCAUCCAAUCCCUACUGGACUAUGGAAAGGCUGAUGGGAGACCCUAUGUUCUAUUUAAUUUGCAUUAUAUCACCAGUCGUUGCAUUGCUGCCAAGAUUUCUGUACAGAACCCUUCAGGGAACACUAUUCCCAACCCAGCUUCAGCUUGGACGCCAGUUGAGUAAACUACCCCCAGAGAUUCGCACCCAGCUUCUGACCAAGUGGAAUGUAAAGGAAACAAUACGUCAGACACAACCCUUUGUAGACAGCUUCUCACCAAGCCUUGGCUCAAAUGCUGGUGAUUGUUAUAAGGCUGAUAACCAAAGCACGCCUUUGCCAACAUCUCAGACAAGUGAGUCGCUUUUCCAAGAGCACACAAAGGCAGAACACACAACGGAUCAGACUGCGGCUGCCUCUCCCCAGGGUGACAUGUUGUACGGGGAAAACAGACUCUCCUCAUCAGCAAGUAGUCUGGAAAGGUCCAUGGGAUUUCAUGAAGUUAGACAUGGCACUUCAGAGGUGGAGUUGUCGCCUGUGGGAGGAACGUUCCCAUGGAGCUCAGCAGUUGACCAAGCAGACUUCAGUUUGUUGAAGUGGAUCACUUCAACUCCGCUGUUCAGUCGCAUUGGGACUGUUUUCCAGGUGUCAUCAAGCAGUUUACCAAAUGAAACACAGGACAGCAUGUGUGUGCUUGGCUCUUCUUUGCACGUGGACUUCAAAGGCUUAAAAGAACAGAGCUCAAAUGACUUACAGGACAAAAUUAAAGGGACCCCAGCUGAUCAUUGUAAAAGUGACAAUUCUGAGACCACCUUUUUAUGACAUGGGCCUUAAAUAUAUUUAUAUAUUUUCUAUUUGCACACAUUUAUAGUGAGAUUACUCUAUUUGUUUCCAAAGAUGGAACGGAAAAUCAAAGGUACAGAAUGAUUAUUUAAGAAUGUUUAAAUACAGUAUAUUGAAAUAAGAGCUUUAAAUAUAAAAAGAAACACUUGAAAGUUCCAUUUAUAUUUUAUUUUUUCAUCUCAUUUUGUAAGGAAAUGCCGUCUCUUUAUUUUUCAGAUGCUUCUCUUUUGUUCUGACACAUACUGUAAAAGCAAAGGACCUAUCUACGAUAUUCAAAAGGAUUAGGUUCAGCAACGAUUAUUGAUAUCAUUACAGGCCAUUCAGUAAUCAAGGAGGAAAAAACCACAGUAAUAAAUAGACACUGCAUUCCAUCCAUCAUCUGCUUGCCAGGGUGUUUUGUCACUGGAACAAACCAUUAGGCAAGACUAUCAAAUCAUUGUACACCUCGCUGUAAAUUUUAACAGUAUCUUUCCACCGCAUUAAUAAUACUGGUAUUUUAUAAGUGACACCAUAUUUUGAUAUUGCAGCCAUAGCAUUUUAUGUGUCAUGAUAAAACAAUAAAUAAAUGACCAUCCAUAUUGCAAAGUGACUUCCCAGUCUGGCAUUAAUAGUAAUUCAGCCCUUCACUUGGAGUAGCUAGCAUUUGGCUGGUCAUGGCCUUAUAUCAGGCUGUUCAACUUCUGAAGAAAAGCUGCUGCUUGUUCGUGAGGAAUGAAUUGGUGACAAAGAGCUGGCGCAUUGCGUCUGCUGUGAAGUUUGACCUGGGAGGGUCUGUGAUCAUCUGUGCUGGAGCACUACCACGAGUAGGCUGGUUUUGCUGAAGAAGUCAGCCCUGCUUGCUAGCAGGGGUAGAGUUUUGUUAGGCACCUUCAGUGUUGUUUCAGCCAGGUUAAAUGAAGUCCUCAGUGAUUAGGAAGGGGCAUGACCAGCUGCAAGGGUGCAGAGAUGUGCAGAGAUACUUGAGCCUGGUCUAAGACAGGCUAGCUCCAGUUCUGAAAGUAGGGAGCUGCGCUGCUUUCUGAGGUCAUGCCUGAGCCGACCUUACGUGGUUGUACAUCACUCAAAGUAUCACUGGUACAUGGAUGUACGGCUGCGCUGUGCCGGCCUGGCGGGUCCCAAGGGCGUUUGGCGCUGGAGGGCUGCCUGGCUCUUUCGUACCUAGUCACCAUGGCCACCUGUGAACUAGCUGCUGCAUUUCUUCGUUUCCUCAUCGCGGGUUUUCAGAUGGCUUUUGCCUUGCUUGCCAUCAGUGGUGUAAGGGCAGAACUUGUGCGUGCCACUCUCUGUGCCAGGCGACCUGGCUCCCACACGGAUUGCCUCGAUCCAUUAAGCCACACUGCCUGCCAUGUGUCACUUGCUAAUCCACUCAGGAUCUUUUUUUCAAGGAUUUGUACACUGGCCUCUUCCCCAAAGGCAGAACUGUUAAUAUGAAACUGUAAAAGGCCAAUGAAAGGAAGAGUUGUAAGCGACCUCAAUAAGAGCUGUCAGCCUGUAAAUAAGUUACCCUCAUGAAACAUGACACAUCUACAUGUAGCUAAACUACGUUUUGGGAUUAGAAUUGACUAGGGACAGGGCAAAGACGCUGAGGGACUCACAGGAUUUUCAGUCUCCUGUGAACAGCUUUAAGCAUACAAUUGAUUAAAAGAAAAUGUGCUUGAAGCACAACUUCUUUUUAGCCUCUGGUUAACAGGGAACAUGGGUUUAUGUAUUCAGAUCUUAGCGCAGGAAAGCACACCUAUUGACUUACUUGUUACUGGCGGAAAAUGUUAUGAAAUUUCUCUGUUUUAUAGUAUUACAUUUAUUACAAUAUUAUUACAUUCUAUUUCAAUUAUUACAGUAGAAAUGGGGCAGUAAGAGUGGGCACUUGGUUUCUAUGGAGGUAGGCGGGCAUCUGCGCUGCCGGUGCCAACGCGAGCCGGGAGCCGUGGGGGGUGUGUGUCCUGACACAUGCCUCUAAAGCAGGGCAGAGUCCCACGCCCUCAGAGGACUUGGUUCUGUCCGCUCUCUGGAAGGGGAGCCUGCGGGACCCUGGAGAGGUAGAGAAACCUCCUUUGCAAGGGUCUGCUGUUGGGUGAGACAAUUCCAAGUUUAGACAUCCCUGCUUGCUCUACCAGCCUCCUCAGUGUUGAUAGUAACUCCGUUGGGAUGACUUUGCAGGUAGUUUUUUGCAAGGUUAGCUGGCUGUAUUUAACACAAACUGCAGAGAUUGCCAUUGUAAAUAACUCACCUGGUGGAGCUGCAGUGUCUUUUAAUGUCAGAGAGAGAAUCAAAUUACACUUCAAAAUGUGUAAAUACUGCCAUCUGGUUAGAAACAUUCACCUGCUUGUGAAACAGGAUCUCUCAGAAGGACACGGUAUCAGAUACCAGGUAGGCAGGGUUCAUAGGUUUGCAAGACGUUAAAUUCAGUCCAAGAGUGGGGUCGUAGCAGGAGCUUGCCCUGGAUAUCACGGGUGUGUGCCCUCUCUCAGUUACAGCAGCAGCCCCAGCAGGCGGGCGAGGGUCUCUCGGCCUUAUUAUUGACUCCUCCACACCUUUCCACAGCACAUGUGGUGUCCCACAGGCCUUCAUGGGACUUGCCUGGUGCUGGCAGCAGGAGGGGCUGGAGCAUCACUGGUGUUUGGCUCAGAGCUGUAUUUGAUGAUAUUGUCAUUAAAAAAAAAAACAACAAAUUCCUCACUAGACAUGCCUUUGUGAUACAAGAUUUGGUUUAGCGUUGUGCUUUCAGUGUUUCAAAGACUAUUUUUGUAGGUAAGGGAUAAAAGGGUUCCUUUGGGACUGAGAGAUGCUCCUGCGCGGCCAGACAGUUGCGUUAAAUUGCCACUGUGAGUGUAAGAGUAGUGUGUCUGUGUCAUAUAUUUAGGGAAACUGUAGAUCUAGGUCCUCAGCUGCUACAGCCAUCGUAGGCCCUUCUACUUCUGCAAGCUGACUUACCCCAGCUGGGGAUCAGGCCUCAAUAACUGCUGUAUUUUGUUGAAAAGAAAAAAAAAUCCUUAGAGAGAUACUUUUAAUGCAUAAAGUGUAAAUGUUCCCGUCAUACUGCAAGAUAAAAUAUCUUAUUAUGGCAGCAGUCCUGCAAACAUGUAUGAGUUUAUUCUUAAAUAUGCCAAAUAAUCCCUCUGACCUUAAUGGUGCAGUGACCCCAGCAGAACUGCGUGCGUGCUUACAGAUAGAUAGGAAGAUGUGCCACACUGAGGCCUCCGUGUGCCAAAACUACGCAGCAAGGUACCGAGGGGCACAGAACCAGGUCAGGAGGAUGUCAGUAAGCAAGAGAUCUCCAUUCUCUUUUGGGAAAUAAAUUAUAAAAUAAUAUAAAUAAAAUGUCAUUUAAGCCACAGUUUGGAGAAAAAAAAAUACAGAUUUCACAUUUGGAAAGAAAAUAUUAAGCAGACUAAUUCUUCUCGCUCUAAAUCAGAAGUUCUCUCUUCAGCUGCCAGAAGACAAACACAUCAAAGCAUGUUACUUGCUGGGCUUUACGGCUUGUGAACAUUUUGAAGCUGCUAUUAAUAUUUGAAACAUUUUAGCUAAACAAACACUAAUGGCUUUCUGA